AAUAUUUAUUUAUUGAAAAAUUAUGGAACAAAUACGUGAACAAAUUAAAUAUUUUUUCUCACUUGUUUAUUUAACGUUUGUUCGUGAUUUAAGGUUUUUUGCAGUGAUUAUUAGAGUUUUACUUCGUCUGAAAUGGAGUAAUCAAGCGGUGGUCACUUGUUUCGAUAAGGCUUGUCGUAAAAAUCCUAUGCGUACGGCAAUCAUUUAUCAAGGACGUGAUUAUUCAUUUCAAGAGAUUGAAAAUUUAGCUAAUAAAAUAUCCAAUUGGUUUGAACAAUGUCUUCAAUUAGGUUGUGAUGAUGAAUAUGAAAAACAACAGCAAAUCAAACAACGUGAAGAAGAAAUGCAGCAACAACAAGGACAAGAGAAUGAGAAUUUAUCACCAAAUGUUAUGAAUUUAAUUCGUCGACAUCAAAAUUCGAUUAAAAUUGGUCUAAUGUUUGGUAAUGUACCAGAAUUUGCUAGUUUUCUGAUCGGUAUUGGCCGUGUAAGAUGCGCAUCUGUUCUAUUCAAUUUUAAUCAUCGAAGUGAUCUGCUUGUCAAUGCAUUUGAAGCAUCAAAUUGUAAAAUAUUUAUUUUUGAAUCCAAAUAUUUAUCCGCAAUAAAAGAGAUUGCAACACGGCUACCAGAUGGCAUUCGUUUCAUAAUGUAUGAUCGUAAUAUCAUCAAUCAAAAUAAUGAUGGUACGACUUCAUCAAAACAUGGACUAAAUCUUGAUUACAAAGGAUUUACUCGUGAAGAUCUUAUCAAUGAUAAUAUUGUUGAAGCGGAUGAAAAAUUUUCCCAGUUACUCGAUUCAUAUCCGGUUACUAGUGUUCGAAAGAAUUACCCAUAUAAAAUUAAUGAUAUUUUUUCCUAUAUAUUUACAUCUGGUACAACUGGUGGUAAAAUUAAAGCUGCAGCAGUGAAUAAUUAUCGAUUCUUGGGUAUCAAUUAUUUGAUGGAUUUGUCAUUUGGUUUGAAAAUCAGUGAUAAUUUUUAUGUUUGUGUGCCAAUAUAUCAUGGAAUGGGUGCUGGUAUGGGCAUUGGUUCAACAUUAGUAAAUGGUAAUAUAACAACAUUGGUGGAAAAAUUUUCGGCAUCAAAAUUUUGGAAAGAUUGUUAUGAAAAUAAAUGUACAGCUGCUCUCUAUAUUGGUGAAUUAUGUCGAAUAUUAUUAGCACGACCACCGGGUGAAUAUGAUCGUAAACAUAUGGUUAAAAAAUUUAUUGGUGUCAGUAUGAAUAAAAAGAUUUGGACCAAAUUUAUUGAACGAUUCGGGAUUCAAGAUGUUCAUGAAUAUUAUGGUUCUACUGAAGGAAAUGCCAUUCUUUUUAAUCUAAUGCAAGUACCUGGAGCAUGUGGAUUUUUACCAUAUUAUUAUGAAAAAAUUAUGCGUCUAUUUUAUCCGAUACAAUUUUUAAAAGUUGAUCCAGAUACCAAAGAAUUAGUACGUGAUCAAAAUGGAUUAUGUAUAACGGCUAAACCUGGUGAAACAGGAAUGUUGGUUGGUGUUAUACGACAAAAUGUUCAAAGUUCCCAUUUUCUUGGCUAUUCAUCUGUGAAAGAAUCAUCGAAAAAAUUAAUAAAAAACGUACGACAAAAUGGUGAUUAUGCAUUUGUUUCUGGUGACUUAUUGGAAAUGGAUUGGGAUGGUAAUCUGUAUUUCAAAGAUCGUACUGGUGAUACUUUUCGUUGGAAAGGUGAAAAUGUAUCGACAACAGAAGUCGAAACGAUUAUUUCACAAUUUAUUGAUCAUAAAGAUUGUGUUGUAUAUGGUGUAGCCCUACCCGGUUAUCCAGGUCGUUGUGGUAUGGUAUCAUUAACUGAUCGUAAUCUGGAUCUCGAAAAAUUUUAUGAUUGGAUGAAAACACGUGCUCCUCAAUAUGCUAUACCGAAAUUUAUACGAUUCGUUGAUCAAAUCGAAACAACAACUACACAUAAAUAUAUUAAAUAUUCAUUGCGUAAUGAUGGUAUCGAUCUUGAUCGAUUGAAAUCAAAUGAACAAAUCUAUUAUUUUGACCGUGAUAAUCAACGUUAUCAAUUGAUGGAUAAAGAUGCUUAUGAAAAAAUUAUUAAUGGUACGAUACGGUUUUAGAUGAAGGAAUGAAUUUGAUUAUUUCGAAAACAUGAAAAAUUUAUCAUUUCAUCAUCAUUAUCAUAAACAUUGAAUUAUUAACUUCGAUCACAAUUUAUCAUAAAUCAUUUCAAACAUCAAAGACCAUCUGUACUCCAAUAAAAACCCAUUUUUUAUUUCUUCCUCCACACCCAUACACAUUUGACAUUUUUCCUUUUGAUUCAUAUUUUAUUCUAUUAAAUUAUAACUUUCAGACUUUUUUAUCUGUAGAAAAAUACCCAAUGACAUUAUUUGAAUAAUAAAAUGAAAAAACAAUUUAAUUUGAAAAAAA